AUGGACACUAAAACCACACAAAAUAACCAAAGACAGCGAUACCUUAAAUUAUCUCUGAAGAAAUCCAGAUUAAAGGCAACUCAAGACAUAAAGCAGCUUAAUCGCAGUUCCGAUGUUAUAAUACUUGACGAGUCUUUCGACGGAUUAAAAUCGGAUUCGCCGAAAACUGUUCAAGCAACCCCAAAAAUUUAUUCUCCAAUUGUAAUAAAUGAUUCCUGUGAGUUGUCAUUUAGUAAUGAGCUUCCUAAGAUUAAUUUUGCAGAGAAAGAACCACCAAGUAAAGUAGGGAAUAUAUCAUUUAACUGUUCAAGAGAAGACAUGUCACCAACUGGUGAAUCUCGACCUAGCGAUGGCGGUUGGUCACCAGCACAAAACAUCAUUACUGCUACACCUAGACAUGAUCCUACACCUUCUACAAAUAAAGAUGUAGCAAACGAAUCACAGGAGCAAUGCUCUAUUAAAAAAAUACAAUUAUCACAGAAGAAAUUACUUAACGACUUGUACGGAGAAACAUGGAAGUCUAUACCAAAGCUGUUUAAAGCUAUAUCAGCAAAAUAUGAAAAUUUUGACACGGUUACCAAAAAACUGCAGUUUGAAGAUGAUAGUUCUGAAAAGGAAAACAUCCGCCAUGACUUGAAACAUAAUAAAAUGUUGUAUUUAACAAACUCUGAAAUAAAACGUAAAGUAGAUAUAUCGAGUACAGAUACAGAUAAGAAAAGUAAGAAAAAGUUAUACACAGAGAUGGUUCCAAGUACUCCGGAAGUACCAAAGAUAAAAGCCAUUAAGCAAAGGAAUGUAAAUAGUACUACAAAAAAGAGUAAAGUGAAUAAAGCCAUGAGUGUGACAGAGAUGGUUGAGAUUAUGAAGAAUGAUGUGGAUUUGCUGACGAAAAAAGUUGAAGACUUUAAUGUUACAAACACACCAGUUCCACCAAGUGUUGACACUUGCAGGAGGCUAAGUUUUCUUGGGUCUUUGGCAGACAGUGUACCUUCUUGGAGGUGCCACGUUGAAGCAAUUCAGUACAGAGAUAACUAUAAGACUCUCCGAGAACAACUGACCAGGAGGCUUUUUGUGGAGUUUAAUAAAGGUGUGUUCGAUAAUGCCAUGGAUGCAGACUUACCAAUAUUGUGGGACACUAAGCUACGGACUACGGCCGGAACAACAACCAAUCGCCUUAUAAAGAAUGCAAGAGGUGACCGCAUAAGGACUUCAAGUAUCAAACUGUCAACCAAAGUCGUGGAUGCACCACAACGGCUGCGGGAUACUCUUAUACAUGAACUGUGCCAUGCGGCAACAUGGCUCAUUGACUCCGAACUUAGAGCUGGACAUGGGCCUUUAUGGAACAAAUGGGCUAAGCGCGCAUUAAAGGCUUAUCCCGAACUCGGCGAGAUAUCGCGAUGUCACGAUAUGGAAAUUCACUUUAAAUACUCAUACAAAUGCACGAAAUGUGGUUAUAGUGUCCAACGCCAUUCAAAAUCAAUAGACGUAACUAAGAAAUGCUGCGGUUACUGUCGGGGUACCUUCGAGUUGAUUCUAAAUAAAAAGAACAAAGAUGGCGUCGUUGUCCAAACUCCCGCCAGAAAGGGCGCCACUAACGACUUUGCUCUGUAUGUCAAAGAGAAUUACGCUUCAUUAAAAGAUGGUACAAGAACUCAUGCGCAAGUCAUGAAGAUCUUAGGCGAACAGUUUUCGAAAAAUAAGGGUAGUGACAAUUUAAGUAUAUAA